UCCACGUGAUAAGUGCGAGCAUUCUGCCCCUUCUCUCCAUCCUCGGCGUCCUUCACAUUCAUGAACACUCACCUGUGAAGAUGAGCGUGUGUCUUCUCUGGCUCGGCCUGAGCGCUCUGUGGCAAGCGGCCGACACACAGGCAGCAUUCACCAUUGAUCAGGUGACGUUGACUGUGCUUCCUGGUAAUAAUGUGGCGAGUGGCACUAACCUGACCUUGCGUUGCGAAGCCAAGGUCAGUCACAGCCUCCCGCAGCCGCUGACAUACAGCUUCAGGUUCCUGCAGGACGAUCAGGUCAUGUACUCCAAAAAUACCAGCGCCUCAGUGGUGGAGCGCAGUUUAUCUCCAGCCAGGGUGUUCAACUCGGGUCGCUACCAGUGCGAUGUCCGCAUCUACGACAAGACCAAGACAAGCACCAGUCAGACACUCAGAGUCACAGGCCUUCAAGUCCCCAUGCUGAAGGUGAAGUCUGAUAUCAUUUCUGAGGGUGAAGACAUCAGUGCCACAUGCUUUGCACCAGAGGAGACGGGCGGUCUGAACUUCUAUUUCUACGAGGACGAUCAGGAGGUCAAGCGAGUCUCUAGCAAGAGCAACUCUGUGACGACCACUCUUGCCAUGCAGAAGCUCACAGACGUCUACCUGCACUGUGUCUAUAUAUAUCUCAUGCAUCCUGAUGCGGGCUUCUCCAACAAAAGCAACACUGUGAAAGUGAUUGUGCAAGAUCUUGAUGUGAUCAGGCCGCAAAUAAGCAUCUCCCCCAACGCGAAUGUUGUUGAGGGAGACAGGGUGCAGAUCACAUGUCGGGUGCAAUAUUCCUCAGAUCUCGAGUUGUUCCUUACCAAAGGCAACACCGUACUUCGUCAAUCUCAGUCAACGUUCGCAUACAGCCUCACAGUAAGAGCUGAGGAUUCAGGGGACUAUGUGUGUAAAGCAGAGAAAGGCAGCGUGCAAAAGAAGACCGUCUAUAAGCUAAAUGUCACAGAACUGUUCUCGAAGCCGAUUUUGAGAAUGAGCCCAGAUCAGGUUUUCGAAGGGGAACGCUUCACUCUGUCCUGCCGCAGUGCUGUACGCUCCUCGGAGAAGAUCAAAAAAGCGGACAUAAAGUAUGCGUUGCUGAAAGAAGAUCGGCACAUUUAUUCAGGUGCCGACUACUUUGCCACUGCGAGCCUGGCCACCAAUGGGAAAUACUCCUGUAUGGCAGUGGCUAAAGGAGUUAACAAGACCAGCCAACAACUCCAUUUAAAAGCUAAAGUGCCUGUUUCUGCCCCAGUCAUCCGUGUCGUUGAUAAGGUGAUUGUUGGUCGGCCAUUCAAGGUUUCGUGUGAGGCUGAGAAUGGAACGCUUCCAAUAACAUACACCUUACUGAAGGCCCGCGUGUCAAUGGCUGAGAGGAGAGUGGAUGAGGCUGCUGACAAGGCACUCUUCAGCAUUAACUCCAUCAGUUCUCCAGAAGAGAUCUACAGCUUCACAUGUCAGGCUCAAAACCAGGGGCCAUCGAUCAGUAGCACCAGUCAACCCCUUACAGCAGAAGUCAUAGUACCAGUGUCCAAGCCAGUCCUGGAGCCACAGGACGUUACAGUCACAGAGGGCUCAGACCUCACCCUCACCUGCCGUGUACAGAAGGGCACUUACCCAAUCACCUUUACCUGGUAUCACAACAGGCUCCCUUUAUCCAGCCAAAAAGUCAGAUCCUUAGAAGGACGUUAUAUCAUCGUAACCAUAGAACGAGUCCAGCGAGGCGACUACUACUGUGAGGCGUCCAAUUACAACACUGAAAUUAAAAGUAGUUAUCCAGCCAGGAUUGGAGUCAGUUUAGCGGUGUGGAAGAAAGCUCUUAUUGGAGUGUUUUGUAUCUUGCUUUUGGUGGCUAUCGUCAUAGUCCUGACAGUCUUUUUGAAGAAAAUGCCAAAUCCACGCAGAAAAAAGCAAGCAACUGAGUUAUCAGUUAAACCUUCAAGGCCCAAAUCAGGUGACCCUAUGAGAAUCAGCCUCACUCUCGACAUUGAAGACAACACCAUUCUCAAUGGCACUCCUUGUGUGAUGGGCAGGAAUGUCUGGAGUGAAAAUGCAUCUGGCUCAGAUUCUGACGAUCAUACCGACGUGGACUCUGAGUUGGUUCACCCACAGGAAGUGGAUCCCAGCAAAGAAGUUCUUGUGAAGAAAAGCAUAGAGCCUGAACACAGUGGCCAGCAUACAGAGGUCCAGAUGUCCACACCAGGAGUUUCGGAACAGGCUGAGGGCCAGGCGGCUCUGGAGUAUGCGCAACUCAACAACAGUGAACAAGAACCUGCAUAGUGUCUCAACACAUUACAUCUAAUUUAUUCAGCUUCUUCACCACCAGAGGCUGAUCUUCAUUUAUGAUAUGUUGACAUUGAACAUUUUAGUUUGACGGUAUCAUUAAUAUUACUUUGUGGCCUGGAUUGUUUGUAAUGUGAGUAAGAUGUGUUAUGAUGUUUAUAUACAGUAUCAGAGAUUAAAAUCUGAGCAGUCAAGUCUU